GAAUAAAAUAACAAGUUUAAUUAACAUCUCCUCUUCCCCUCACUCUUCACCAAGCUCAAGCUGCAGUCCUUAAUCAUGACUCUAUUACCUGCGGUCGCUCUCGUCUCCGCAUCCGCGUCCGCCUCCACCUCGGCCCUGUCAUUGCCGUGGUUUCUCAGAGCCUCUCAGCUCGAAAUUGCUUCUCCUCCAUCAAAAUUUCCUAAACUCCUUUUGUCUCCUCGCUCUUCCUCUUCCUCUUGCCUCCGUGUUGUCUGCUGUGGAGAAUCGAAACCGGGCGACCUCAAAUUUGUGCUGCAUCAUGCCUUGGAUUCCUCUGGAAUCGAUACUGCUCAUGCCAGAGAAGCGAGAAAGGGAUUUUUGUCGCAGAUUGAGAAAUUAACGAUUAUAGAGCGGGAAACAAGUAUUAGCAUAAAUAGACGUGUGGAUUUGGGGAAAACGGCGCUUUACAUAGCAGCUGAAGAUGAUUCUCUUGUAUCUCACUCUUCGGUUCCGCUUCCUGUGGACUCUUUCCUUGAUAGAUUGUACGACCUUUCCAUGGGCUUCUGUUCCGAUUAUAGCUCAUCCAUCGGGUCUUCCCCCGAGAAAUUUCUUGAUAGUUUAGAGAAAUAUUUGUAUGUCAAGAAGGGUUUUAGAAGAAGCAGUGGAGGGAAUCACUUAGACACACGAGCAUUGUAUCUUCACUCGGUUUUGACGCAUCGAUCAGGUUCAUCUGCCAUGCUUUCACUAGUAUACUCUGAAAUCCUGAAACUGCUUCGCUUGUGGAGCCUUUUGGAAUUUGAUUGUGAGAUAUUCUUCCCCCAUGAUCAUCAUGGGCUUCCCAAAGGUUACCAUAAACAGAAAAGUGUGGAGUCUGAUCAGCUACACAUAAUGACAACAGAAACUUUGUUGCAGGAGAUUUUGAGAAAUUUGAAGGAGACUUUCUGGCCAUUUCAAAAUGAUCAUACUAAGAGUUCAUUCCUGAGGGCAGCAGAUGCUGCGAACUGUAUUGAUAGAUCAAGCACUGCUGAAGAUAGUGGAUUUCAGCUUGCUUCUGCAAAAGCUGCCCAACACAGGCUAGACCGUGGUGUGUGGACCAGUGUACGCUUUGGGGAUAUGAGACGUGCUUUAUCUGCAUGUGAACGUCUAAUACUCUUAGAAUCUGACCCAAAAGAAUUAAGAGACUACAGCAUUCUUCUGUAUCAUUGUGGGCUUUAUGAGCAAUCACUACAAUAUCUCAAGUUGUAUAUGGAUAAAAAGAGUAAUUCAUUACAAAAGCAACCGACCUAUAAAUUUAGGAACAUGGAGGAAGAUGCUGUGGAGAAAUUGAUGACACGCCUCAACCUCAUCUCAAUGGAGGAUGGUUGGAGCAAGCCUUCGCAUGUUAGAAAUUUUCUUGGCAAUAACUCUGAACCCUGGUAGAGCGUUAUGUCUCACACACAGCAAGAAAGCCCUGUAUUCUCGAUUCUCACACCACAGGUGGAUUAUAUUGGCAAAAGGUUCGCUUGUUAAACUCAAUUCUCCAUGUCCCCAAGGCAUGGAGAGUCUCAGGAGGGUUUCAUUUUCUUAUGACCUUAGCAGCAAGCAAGGAACAUCAUCCAGUUAGAGCUAGUAUCUCAAAUAAUAGCUCAAUAUCAGAUUUUUUCCACCUUUUCUUCCUGCUGACUAGUGCAGAAGUUCAAAGUUUCCAUGCUGUUAAAACAUUUAUCAACAUUUGUAAAUUGCUUGUACGUACUUAUACAUGCUUGUGCGAGGUGAUAUAGAAAAGUGCUAUCUUAAACCUAAGUAAA